CCUCACGCUGUCCCCACCCCCCAAAUGAUGGAUGGAUGAUGCACAAUUGCCCGAGGUGUCCCCGGGAACUGGCAAUGGUAACCACGGAGACCGUUCCUUUUCCUACUUUUGCUAUCUCACAGCACAUAUCAUACCCACACCUUCUUCUACUCGUCAGUUGCUUUGUUUACACUGCUCAUUUAUUGUGUGUAACUUGUUUCACAAGCCGGACUAGUAUGGGAACGAGCACGGACUAAGAAAACAUUCAGGCUAAUCGAGCAGCAACCACCAAACCUGUCAAAAAACCUGUACGCAGGCUACACAUUGUUCUUUUGGGCAUUUAUCAUUGCUCAAUUGUCUAUUGGUUAUCAGAGCCAAAUAAUACAAUAUACUUGCAGAUUUAAUCAUGCGCGGAGUCUAGCUUUUCAUUUACAAUGGCCUGUGCGAUCUCAAGUUUGUUUUUUUUUGUGCUUUUGUAUUACCCAAAUGGCUUUACUCCUUAAAAUGAUUAUUAC